AUGACUCUAAUCAUUCAGGUGGGUUUGGAUUCGGAGGAGGAGGGUCAGGAGGAGGAUUUGGUUAUGGAUAUGGUGGAGCAGGAGCAGGAGCAGGAGCAAAUGCAGGAGCAGAUGCAGGAUCAUCUUCUUAUUCAUCAUCCGGUCCUGGUUCAAAAGCAGCUGGGUAUGGAUACGGAUACGGCGGAUACGGAGAUGGAGGGGCAGCUGCAGCAGCAGCAGCGGCGGCAGCAGCAGCAGCAGCAGCAGCAGGGGCAGCUGGAGGAUAUGGUUAUGGUUAUGGUUAUGUUAAUGGAUAAGGUGGCUCGGGAGCAGGAUCAAAUGCAUGAUCAUGUUUGUAUUCGUCAUCUGGUGCAGGUGUAG